AUGAGAGUUGCUCCGAGUGAUGUACGUCAAUGUGCGUUAAUUCGCGGAACGCGAUCAUCCACAACGAAAGAAAUGGUUUGCGCAUAUUGUGAAAAGUAUGGGCCAAUUAGUUACGCACAGCUAUCGACUAAUCCGCAAGGUGCUAUUCGUGGAUAUAAUAUUGUCUAUAAACAAGAACAAUCAGUCAAUCGCUUUAUGGAUGAUCGUCCUCAUCAGAUCGAUGGGCAAUCAGUGAAAGUUAGACGCUGCAUCCAUUCCGACGAAGAAUGGAGAUUAACAAAUAAAGUCAUCAUUACAACAUCGGAUAGUUCGCAUGAUAAACAGAUAUUUCACGAAGAAACUCUUCGGGAUUAUUUCUCCAGAUAUGGAACAGUUCGUGUAUGUCAGAUAGAUACUUACCAUGGUCGUCCGUGUGCUUACUUGCAUUUCGCUAAUUUCGAUCGAGUUGAUCAACUGAUUAAUGAUAAACCUCAUAGUAUCCAUAAAAUUCUUCUUAACGUCCGAAAGUAUAUACAUGACGAUAAGGCUGAUGUGAAACUAACGAAAAAACGGCGCGAACCUUCUCCAGCAAAUAGCAAAGAACGUUACACUAAACAGCGACGCUCGUCAACAAGCAAAUCAUCCUCGGAUAUCUGUACUACACAAACAUCUGCGAAAAACAAAGAAAUCAGCCGUCUGAAAAUUGCAAAUGAGGUACUAAUGCAAGAAGUUCAAUCCCUUAUAAGUCCAUCAGUCGAUCCACCAACGGUCGACAAUGAAAUUUUGCAUUUAAAAACCGAAUACCAACGUUUAUCAACUCAACUAAGUCAAUUACGAGAUACUCAACAAGCUGAACUUCUCAAUAAGCUUUACUCCGAUGUGAGCAAAUUAUUUCAACAAAUUAAAGACAUGCGACAAGAGACCAAAACUUUCGAUGAUGAACUAUUCGAGAAAUACACUAUCGAAUACAUUCUUUCAUUGACUGAGCAAGAUGUUAAGCAAAGACGUGAACAAUUGGAAAAAGAAAAUCAAUUACUUUUGCUGAUUAAACAGAAUUUACUCAACAAAUAA